AUGGCCUCGGAAGCGAUCUGUCCAGAUAGCACCGUCGGCCGGACGGGCUUCAGCACAAUAGUUUCCCCCGAUAACCCCGCUCUAGAUAUCGUCUUCAUCCAUGGAUUCAGGGGCCAUCCAGAACGAACCUGGACAUCUGGAGGGAAAACGCCUAGGCAGAAACAGUCAGAAGGUGCCAGCGAUGGCUCGGAGCCUCAGCCUAAACGGCGACGGCUGCUCACAUUCCAAUCCGCUCGACAUAGCGAUUGCGAACCCGUUUACUGGCCUCGCGACCUUCUUCCUUCGACCGUCCCGAACGCACGAGUCCUGACGUUUGGAUAUGAUAGUGAUAUCAAGCAUCGGGUCUUUGACCAAGCGAAUCGGACUACCGUCAGAGAUAUUGCGCAUAAUUGUCUCGUCGCUUUGGAAAGUGAGCGGCGAGAAGCACCUGAGCGACAUCUGCUUUUUGUCGUCCAUAGCCUGGGGGGCAUCAUCGUCAAAGAGCUUCUUCGCCAGUCUAGUGGACACUAUCAAAGACAAAGCCAUCUCCGAAAAGUUUUCGAAUCUACCACGGGAAUUAUAUUCUUUGGAACCCCUCAUGAUGGGGCCGAUCCCCUCGGGUCCCUCCGUCAUGUUAUUGAGCGCCUGGCCAAGAUGUCAGGGUUCCAAUACAACGAAAGCAUCGCAAACACCCUUCUUCCCUCGUCAGAACGGCUCAUGGAAUUAUGGGAAGAGUUUGGUCCGCUGGCGCAGGAGCGAAAUUGGCUCAUUCAUUCAUUCCGAGAGGGACUGGGUGUCGGCGCUCUCAACGGCAAAAAGGUGGUUGAGGAUGAUUCAUCCUUUCUGAGACUUCCUCCCGCAAUCGAAACGACUGAGCACAUCGGCCGAAAUCAUAUGGAGAUGUGCCGCUUCGCUGGGCCUGACGAUGUCGAAUACAAAAAAGUGGACGCUGCCCUUCGACGCAUGACAGCUAAUUUAUCACUGAAUCUACCAGGAGGCUCAAUGCCUGGUAUCACACCCGAACAAAGACAGCAGCUGAAAGAGUCAUUGAAGUUUGACCAAAUAGACGCCCGUCAUCGGAGUAUUAAGCGAGCACAUGCCAAGACAUGCAAGUGGUUUAUCAAACAACCUAAAUAUUCAGACUGGCUGGACGUCGACAAAUUUCCCGACCAUCGCGGGUUCCUCUGGGUCAAAGGGAAGCCGGGUGCUGGGAAGUCAACGCUGAUGAAAUAUGCCUUAUCUCAUUCGUGCAAGGUUCUCAAAGGCACUACCAUCAUCAACUUCUUCUUCAACGCGCGGGGCGAUGAGCUAGAGAAAUCCACCACCGGGAUGUACCGAUCCCUUCUCUUUCAGCUGAUAGACAGGGUCCCAAGGCUCGAUGCAAUCUUUAAUUCCCUUCGCCUCACAGCGUGUAGAUGGGACCGCCCAAUGCAAUGGAGCAUAGAGUCCCUGCAAGACCUCUUCGAGCAAGCCGUUCAAUCACUGGGACAAUCACGGGUGGUUUGCUACAUCGAUGCCCUCGAUGAAUGUGAUGAAGACGAGAUACGAAAAAUGUUAUCGUUGUUUGAGCGCGUUGGCGAGCUCGCCGCGUCAUCCGGCAUCCAGUUCCAGGUUUGUUUCUCAAGCCGCCAUUAUCCACAUAUCACUAUCUCUCAAGGGCUGGAGUUGGCCCUAGAAGAUCAAGAAGGCCACGGUCAAGAUAUCACCAGUUAUAUUGACAGUGAGCUUAAAAUCGGCCAGUCGAAAGUGGCAAGGGAGAUAAAAGCAGAGCUGCAAGAAAAGGCCUCCGGCGUCUUCAUGUGGGUAAUCCUGGUUGUGGACAUUCUCAAUAAAGCGUUCGACCGCGGCCGUGUACAUGCCCUACGCAAACGACUUAGGGAGAUUCCUGCCAGUCUCCAUGAACUUUUUCGGGAUAUCCUGGCACGCGACGGAGGAGAUAAAAACGAACUGAUGCUUUGUAUACAGUGGGUCCUGUUUGCGAAACGCCCUUUGAAGCCCGAGGAACUCUACUUUGCUGUUCUUGCGGGAACUGACUUGGAGUCGGUGGAUGCCUGGGAUCAUGAGCUUAUGACCAUGGACACGAUUCGGAGAUUUGUGCUGGACUCGUCAAAGGGACUCGCGGAGAUCACAAAAUCGAAAGCUCCGACAGUUCAGUUCAUUCAUGAAUCUGUCCGGGAUUUCCUCCUCAAAGACAACGGUCUUCACGAAAUAUGGUCGGAUUUGGGACCUCAAUUCCAGGCACAGAGUCAUUGCCGACUGAAGGAGUGUUGUAUGGAGUACAUGUUGAUCGCUGCUAAGGAAAUCUCGCUUCCGGAGCCAUUGCCGAAGGCACGGAGCGAAGAAGCAAUCAGGCUUCUUAAUGAAUCCCAGGCCCUCUGGCCCUUUCUCGAAUAUUCGGUCCAUUCCGUUUUGCAUCAUGCAGACCUAGCAGAGUCUGGGGGAGUCAGCCAAGCCCAAUUCCUCCGUGAUUUUGAAUUUCCAAAUUGGAUUGUCCUCAACAACCUCUUUGAGAAGUUUCAAAUUCGCCGGCACGAGCUGAACACCAGCCCGGCUUACAUCCUGGCCGACGGGAAUCUGGCUCAUCUGCUCAAAAUCUGCACAUAUGAAUGUGCAGGAACAGACAUCAGUCGGGGCCGCAUUGCGAGCCCUUUUCUUGAGGCGGUGGCCAGAAACAAUAUCGGCGCCUUGCGAGCACUCGUCGAGCUAGAGUUUCGAAAGAACGAAAUCACGGCAACCUCGGCCCUGGACGCUUACCAGGAUGUAUUGACCAGCCGAAAUCGGAUACCAGAGCUUAGAACCGAUAUGGGUUAUUACACCUGGCGAGCUCUUGCUCGUCACGGCCACUCAAAACUUAUCCAACUCCUUGUGGAUGUGGGCGCAUUAGAAAUUGAAAAUACUCUUUCCAGCCUAUUGGAAAUCGCAAUCUCUGAUUGUGAGGUUGAUCUUGUUGACGUAUUUCUUGCAACGGGCAGGCGUCAUGUUCUCCCAAGAGCUGGGCUUGAGCAGGUACCCCACCGAUUGGCUGCCUUCUAUGGCCAUACACCUGCCAUCAACGUGUUACUCGGAAUUGGUGAGGAAACUAAUGUCAACGAGGGUGAUAAUAUUGGAUUGAGUCCCCUUGAUCGGGCAGCCUUAUUAGGACAUGCAGAUGUUGCUCGGGCGCUAAUUGCAACGGGUCGGGUCACUAUCAACGCACAAUAUCCAAACCCCGAGGAUGCUUUACCAGUUGUUUGCGGAAUGCGUAGCUUCGAAGGAUUUACAGCUCUGCAUUUCGCCGUCCUCCUCGGACGUACCGCCGUUGUCGACGUAUUACUAGAGGCAGGCGGGGCUGAUGUCAACCUAAAAGCUAAAAAUGGUUGGACGCCACUCUCGCUAGCCGCCAGAAAAGGACACACCAACAUUGCUUGGAUUUUGCUUGGUAUAGACGGGAUUGAUGUCAAUGCCCCGGACCAGGAUGGCUUCACCCCACUCUCGUGGGCUGCGAGUUGUGGACAUUUUGCCAUGGUUCAGAUGUUAUCUGGCAUUACUGGAACUUAG